UCCCGCCGGUGCCGGCCCCGCGCCCGCGGCCAGGCUCCACCUUCCGAAGGGGCCGCGGAGCUGUCAGGCUGCAGCGCCGGGUCCGCGCUCGGGAGCUCCGGCGAUUGCUCCUCCUCCGCCGCUGGUCCCGCGGAUGGCCCCGAGCGCCCGCCGCCGCCUCGCCUCCCCGUAAGGGACCCGAGGGGGAGGAGGGUACUGGCCAGGUGCUCCGGCCGUGGCUGCCCUGAAGCUCUCAGCCUCACUGCCGGAGCGAUGCUGUGCGUGGGACCAGAACCCCCGUGCCCCUCACAGUGCCGACGUGAGCCAGCACGGCGAUGAGCCCAGACAGCUCCUAGAGUGGUGGCCGGUGGCCCCGCAGCGGCCCCAAGAUGAGUGACGGGGGCUGGAUCACACUCAGCCCCGCUGAAUUCGCCCAGCUCCAGCAGUACACUGACUACUCCACCAAGAAGCUCAAGGAUGUCCUGGAGGAGUUCCAUGGGGAUGGUGUCCUCUCGAGGUACAACCCUGAACAGCCCAUCGACUACGAGGGCUUCCGCCUCUUCAUGAAGACCUACCUGGAGGCAGAGGUGCCCGAGGAGCUCUGCCAGCACCUCUUCACGUCAUUCAAGCGGAAGAGCUGCCAGGCAGCCCCCGAGGCCCAGCGCCAAAGCCCCAACGUCUCGCAGCUCGAGCCCAAGUCGCUUGAUGCCGGCAUCUCCAUCCAGACCGAGGUGGCCUGCGCUCCUGUCACAGGGAUCAACGGGAAAACGCUGCUCAGCGCCCUGGGACGGCACACGGCUGAGCCCAAGGGCUGCCCCAGCACAAUGGCUGAGCCGCAGCCGGCGGCGCUGAGCCCAGCCUCCAUAGCCGCUGCCUCCCCCAGCUGGUCCCGGUCGUCUUCCCAGAAGUCCACUACUGGCACCCCCUCUGCUCACAACUCCUCAGGGUCCUCAAAGAUCUCCUCGGGGUCCCUGCUCAGCCCCCAAUCGCCAGGCUCCAGGAGUUUGGAGAAGAGGCUUCCCUUCAGUCUGCGGAAAAGCCACAGCGCCCUGAAAGCUGCCCCCCAGCACCCUCCGGCCCCCCUGGCUCAGGUGGUCUACCUGAAGGACAUCGUUUGCUACCUGUCCCUGCUGGAGAGAGGACGGGCAGAGGACAAGCUGGAGUUUAUGUUUCGCCUAUAUGACACCGAUGGGAACGGCAUCCUGGACAGCUCGGAGCUGGAUCGUAUCAUAAACCAGAUGGUGCACGUGGCUGAGUACCUGGAGUGGGACUCCACUGAGCUGAAGCCUAUCCUGAAGGCGAUGAUGGAGGAGAUCGACUACGACCACGAUGGGAACGUGACGCUAGAAGAGUGGAUCCGGGGCGGCAUGACCACCAUCCCCUUGCUGGUGCUGCUGGGAAUGGAGACGAAUGUGAAGGAUGAUGGGCAGCACGCCUGGAGGCUGAAGCACUUCAAGAAGCCCGCCUACUGCAACUUCUGCCGCACCAUGCUGCUGGGUGUCCGCAAGCAGGGCCUCUGUUGCUCCUUCUGCAAAUACACCGUGCACGAGAGGUGCGUGUCCAAAGAUAUCGCCUCCUGCAUCAGCACCUAUGUGAAGUCCAAGAGGAACACCAAUGUGAUGCAGCACACCUGGAUUGAGGGCAACUCCCCCGUCAAGUGCGACCGAUGCCACAAGAGCAUCAAGUGCUACCAGGGCAUCACCGGCCUGCACUGCGUCUGGUGCCAAGUCACCCUCCACAACAAAUGUGCCUCCCACGUCAAGCCGGAGUGCGAUGGGGGCCCUCUGCGGGACCACAUCUUGCUGCCUUCCUACAUCUGCCCUGUGGUUCUGGAGCGGCAAUCCCACUGCCGCAGGUCCGACAGUGAGUCCCCAGCCGGCACCAGCCCUGAGGAUGGGCAGAGCUUCAAGUUCAACUCCACCACAGUGGAUGGGCAAGGGCUGCAGAUCAGCCCCCGGCCUGGGACACAUCCCCUGCUGGUGUUUGUGAACCCCAAGAGUGGAGGGAGGCAAGGAGAGCGGGUCCUCCGAAAGUUUCACUACCUGCUCAACCCACGGCAAGUGUACAACCUGGACCGUGGUGGGCCUGCUCCUGGGCUGAGCUUUUUCCGGGACACUCCAGAUUUCCGUGUUCUGGCCUGUGGAGGGGAUGGCACCGUGGGCUGGAUCCUGGACUGCAUAGACAAGGCAAACUUGCUGAAGCACCCACCAGUGGCCGUCCUGCCUCUGGGAACAGGCAAUGACUUGGCCCGGUGUCUGCGCUGGGGCGGAGGCUAUGAGGGCGGCAGCCUGAUGAAGGUGCUGAAAGACAUAGAGCACAGCACGGAGGUGAUGCUGGACCGCUGGCAGAUAGACGUGAUUCCCAGUGACAAGGAGGCCAACGGGGACCCUGUCCCAUACAGCAUCAUCAACAACUACUUCUCCAUUGGGGUGGAUGCCUCCAUUGCCCACCGCUUCCACAUCAUGCGAGAAAAGCACCCUGAGAAAUUCAACAGCAGGAUGAAGAACAAGCUGUGGUACUUUGAGUUUGGCACGUCGGAAACCUUUGCGGCCACCUGUAAGAAGCUCCACGACUAUGUUGAGGUGGAGUGUGACGGGACCCUGCUGGACCUGAGCAACGCCUCCUUGGAGGGCAUCGCCGUCCUCAACAUCCCCAGCAUGUAUGGUGGCUCCAACCUUUGGGGCGAGACCAAGAAGCAGCGUGGCUACAACCGCCUGAGCAAGAAAGCACCGGAGAAACCGCACGCAGCGGUGGUGACCGACGCCAAGGAGCUCAAGUUCUGUGCACAGGACCUCAGUGACCACCUGCUGGAGGUGGUGGGGCUGGAGGGCGCAAUGGAGAUGGGGCAGAUCUACACGGGGCUGAAGAGCGCUGGGAAGAGGCUGGCCCAGUGUUCAGCUGUCACCAUCAGGACCUCCAAGCUGCUGCCCAUGCAGGUGGAUGGGGAGCCCUGGAUGCAGCCAUCCUGCACUGUCAAAAUUACACAUAAAAGCCAAGUGCCAAUGCUGCUGGGCCCUCCCCAGAAGAGCAGCUUCUUUUUCCUGAAGAGGAGAAACCGAACUCGAGAUUAAGCUGGGUGAAAUGAGCCGCAGCCCAAAGGCAACCAGACAUCCUGGGCAUCCUGUGGGCUGCAAACCUUCAUCUCUGCACAUCCUGACUCUUCUCCCUGCUUCACAAACACUGCGCUGGAAAGUGGGUGCAGGCUGUGCAGGGCAGGUCCUGCUGCAGGACCCGUGCUGAGGUGGGGAAGGAUUCCAGCCCAGCCCACUCAGCCCAGCGGGAUGCUCCGUCUCAGGAACGUUUGGGAUCUCCUUCCCAGCUACCACAAGUAUUUUCUCCAGCCAGGAUCGGAGCGAUGGGCAGCUUGGCGUGCAGGCGUGCUAGAACUGUUUUUUUUUCCCUUUAUUUAAAGAACUACCCCCUUCCUGCCAGCAGAGCUGCAAACGAACGCAUUCCUGAGAAAAAGCCGAGCUUCACUUAUUUAUUUUUAAUCCUCCUGAAGGACACUUGGUGUUUUGCUGCACUGGCUUUCUUGUCCACCAGACCUGCACAUCUGAGCAGUUAUUUAUUUCCUUAGCCUCGAGGACUCGGCUGCCCAACCCUCGCUUCCCUUGCUGCUCUCCAAGCAGGUUUCCAUGCCUUCAGCUGGCUCUUCUGGCUUGCUUCAGAGCAGAUGCAGACACAGCACUCGCUAUUGGCUCUGAAGCACGAUGCCACAGGGUGUGAAGCAGGCUGUGUGGGGACACAGCUCACCUGGAACAGGGGGCCGGGCUCAGGGCAGGCAGGAGAAGGCAUCACUGGGAAGUGGGAACAGCCAGAGGGGAUCCCAGUGGGGAGCUGCCACUGUGUUUGGACCUCUCAUCUGGAUUUGUAUUUAUGUAUUUAUUGAACAAACUUCAAGGGGUCAUUUCCCUCCUAAUGGGAUGACAUUGGACACAAAUGCCACCCCCAUUUUGGCUGGCCAUCCUUGUGGCAGUGCGCCUGGUGCGGGCUGCAGCCCCCAGCAACUCCAUCCUCAUUCCAUGCAGCUGCUGGGAGAGCGAUGCAGCAUUUCCCAUCACCUAAAAGCUCCUCCAGCUUGGAAGCGUCGCCUUUUCAUUCAUCCCAGUGAGGACUCACUGCUUCAGAUGCUGUUUUUUGGGUUGCCACAGGGAGCAAUGUGAGCAGCUGGCCCUCGGGUUUGUUGCAGCCAGGUCUCUCCCUGACCCAUCCCGAAGCCAAGGAUGCGGCUUUGAAGCCCAGCUCCUCCCCCAGGAAACAGAGAAAUGCAUGACAUGCCUGAGCUGAGCGUCCCCUGGCUCCGAAUAGCUGGGAGCUGCCAGCAGUGAGCCCCAGGAAGGUUUGCUGAUUUCUUCUGCUGCCACACACUGCCCCCCACCUUCUCAUGGCCCUGCACAGAGGACCACGGCUCCAAAAUCAGCCUCCUCCCCCUUCAGCAGCCCCCUCGGUAUGCUCUGUUCUGCUGAGAGCAGCAUUCCCCCAAGUGCAGAGCUGCUGCCGUCCUUAGGUUUCAGAGUGAACAGCACACUGAAAAGCGUUUGCCAUCCCCCCAGGCACAGACACUGUAGGCAGCACCAUUCAAGUGCAUCGACCUGCGCACUCCCUGCGGCACAUAAAUCCACCCUCCUCUGCUCCUCGCCAGGGGCAGCCAUUAAUGAGUAGCCAGGUGAAAGCUUAUGGGACGGGUGCCAAAAUAAACCCUGAAGCUCUCCUGAAACGGCAGCCUCCGUUUCUCCCAGUCCCCUCCCUGAUAUUAUCUGCAGACCUCAACACUGGCACCUGGGGAGGAUUAAAACGAAACAAAACAACGACCUCAAAGCCUGCACCGCUCUGCUUGGGGCGCAGGAUGACAAGACGUGAGGGCAGGGAAAUUCAUAGAGGCAGGUUUGGCUUCCUUUCACUCCCCACUUAGUCUCAACCUGUUGUUUUGUGCUGUGACCAUGGCAGAAGGUGUCUGUAUGCAAGCAUUUUUCUCUGCAGACUGAUCCUUGCACCCGGUCAUGGUUUGGUGGGCUCGUGCUUUGGGCAAAGAUCAGUGCCAGGGCUGUUCUGCUUGGCUUUAGCAGUAGUGAUGGCAGAGCAGGGGGGCAGAGGUGGUUCGGGCUGCCAGGGCUGCUGCCUCCUCUGUGGGAUGCAGCAUGGAUCAUGCCAAAGGCAUCGCACAACAGGACCUGCCGCUGGCAGCCACCUUAGCCCCAGGCUCCACCCUGGGGGGCUCACAGGGAUCACGAUAGCUGCCUGGCUCAGCCGGUGCCUCUCACACCAGCCCCCAUUUAUACCCCCAAAGGCCAUUGGAUGGAGCUCCCAGCCUCCCUAGUUCAGGCUCUGUUCCCAUCCUCCUGCUAUGUCCGUAGCCGUGGUUGCCUGCAUGGAAAUAGCGUGGCGUCCGUAGCGUAGCUUGUGUUGCCGUGUACACCUGGCCUGCUGUGGGCUUGUGUCAAAUAAAGGUGGUGAUGAAGCA